CAGGCGAGCGGCGGUGCGAUGGGGCUGCGCGCGGGAGGAGCGCUGGGUAGGGCCGGGGCGGGCCGGGGGGCGCCCGAAGGACCCGGGCCCAGCGGCGGCGCGCAGGGCGGCAGCAUCCACUCGGGCUGCAUCGCCGCGGUGCACAACGUGCCCCUGAGUGUGCUCAUCCGGCCGCUGCCGUCUGUGCUGGACCCGGCCAAGGUACAGAGCCUGGUGGACACGAUCCGGGAGAACCCAGACAGCGUCCCCCCCAUUGAUGUCCUCUGGAUCAAAGGAGCCCAGGGUGGUGACUACUUCUACUCCUUCGGGGGCUGCCACCGCUACGCAGCUUACCAGCAGCUACAGCGAGAGACCAUCCCUGCCAAGCUUGUCCAGUCCACCAUCUCAGACCUAAGGGUGUACCUGGGUUCUUCCACGCCGGACUUGCAGUAGCAGGCUCUUUGGCACCUGCCACACUCCUGAAAGCCCAGAAGAAGAUAUACCUGGUUUCCUGUGGGCUGGGCUGUGCAGAAGGUGUAGCAGGGGAGCAUUCUCUUUGCGCCUGGAGGGAGGAGGGUCUGACUCUAAGCACCCUCUUUGCUAGCUACAAGACCUUGGACUCACUCCUGAAUGGCAUGGGACCCGGGUCCCACCGCUGUGAAAAUGGGUCAUGUCUUUGCUUUUGAGGGAUUAUUAAGAGGUUGAAAUGAGAAAGGAGAUGGGUUUGGAGAACCGCAUGUGGCUGGCUCCACAUUCCCAAGGACAAGGAUCCUUCUGCAUUUUUGUCUUUGUAUAUCCUAUUAUGUGGAAUACAGUUAGCUGUCAGUAAAGGAAAACCUAGGUUAACAAAGAAAGGUUUGUUUUUCCACAUAGCAUCAAUUUUGGAGGCAGAUGACUAACGGUAUUGCUUUAACAACUUAGCGAAGGUAGGCCACACAUCUCGGUGGUCCUUUCAGUCUUUCCCUCAUUGCUUGUGACUUCAUGGUCACAAGAUGGCUGCUUCACCUCUAGGAAUCAUGGGUAUAUUCAAGGAGGAAAGUAGUGGGGGAGAAGGAAGGGCUGAGCCAGCUGGGCCUGUCAACUUCUAUCAUAAAGUCAGACCUUGUUCAGAGGCCUUUGUCCUGCUCUCUGCCCUGCGUAGUUCCACUUAGGUCUCCUGGGCCCAAAGCAGCUACCAUUGCUACCCCAAAAUGCAAAGAAAGCUAAGACAGCAGGAAACAGAAUUGUCACAGUUGAGUAGACCAAUCAUAUCCCAUCUCCUGCGACUGGCACACUGCCUCCUGGAGCAAAAUCGGAAUCCCACUACAAAGAGAGAAAUGAGUAAUUGUAUCAGCUAGUCUCUGCUGUGUAACAUACCAUCCCCAACCUUAGCAGCUAAAGACAAGUCGUUUAUUUAUCCACAAUUCUGUGGGUUGGCAGUGUGGACUGGGUAUAAUCUGGACAGUUCCGAUGUCGCCUAGGGUCAUCCCUAGGACUGCUUGCAAUCAGCUGUCAUCUCAGAUGGAUCAAGGAUAGUCUAACGCACUUGUCUGUCAGUUGGCGGGCUGUUGGCUGGGUGACUAGUUCUCCUCUAUGUGGCCUCUCCAGCAGGCUUGCUCAAGCUUAAUCACCUGAUGGCCUCAGGAUUCCGAGAGAAUGGGAAUAGGAGCUGUGAGGCUUCUUGAGUUCUCUGCCCAGAAUUGGUAUAUCUGCUAAGUUUUUUUGAUCAGAACAAAUCAUAAGGCUAGCCCAGAUUCAAGGCGUGGGGAAACCGACUAUUCCUCUUAGAGAAACUGAACAUCUCUCACAAACUAUUUGCAUAGGCAAAUAGCAGUGCUUCUCUCUCACUCUCUUGCACACGGCAUCUCUGCCCUGGCUGAAGUCACUAAGACAUUGUCCUGGGCCCUAAAUCUCAGGGAAGAGGUGAUAGGGCAGGGUGGAUUUCUCCCAGGGCUGGGCUCACUCUACUAGGGACAUUUCAUUAUCUGCGCUGGUGGGAGGGGGUAGGUCAGGUGGGACAUUGCAGAGGGGCUCCUGGGGGGAUGGGAAGGCAGAGGAAGGGUGUAGAGUGAGGCAGGCCUUGCUCUCCCUGCCUGCCUUAGGGAGCUGGUUUGGACCAACAGAUCUUGGUCACUUGGCAUUUUCAAGUCUCAGUUUCCCAAGCCCAGUAAUGAAGGCAAUAGCUUUCCCACCCAUUCCCUGUCCCAGGGAAGGAUACUAAGGUGAGCAAUAGAAUUUAAAAAGAACGUAGUCCUAAGUGCAGUGUGAUAGCCUGGAUUGAAUCUUGGAACAAAAAAAAAACAACAAAAAAAAAAGGACAUUAGUGGAAACCCUGGAACUCUAAACAAGGCCUGGAUUUUAGUUAAUAAUAACACACCAAUGUCAAUCUCUUAGCUGUAACAACUCAGUACCAUGUAAGAUGUUGACGCUGGGGUUGGCUGGGAAUGCUCAGUACUAUCUUGGCAACUUUUCUGUAAAUCGAAAAUCAUUCCGAAAUAAAAGUUUAUUUAAUAAAAAGAGGAGUGAAUUACUUUAGGCCAGUGGUUCAGUUCUCAAACUGGUUUGUUAAAACAGAGUUUUUAAUUCAGUAGGUCUGGGGUGGGACCAGAGAAUUUGCUUUUCUAACAAGUUCCCAGGUGCUGCUGCGGCUGUUCAGGGACCUCAAUCUGGGAAUCACUGAUCUAGGCUGCAUCAUGGUGACACCCCCUGAACCCCCACUGGGCUGACUUCUAGGGGAUCUGUGUUCUAGGGCCAGCUUGUGCAUGCAUUUCACUGUGACAUUGGACAAGCCCUUCCCUGGGGCUUUUUUCCAAGCUGUCAAAUGGACUGUCUAUCCCUAAGGUUGGUAGCAAGGAUCAGGAUGGUAGCAAGGAUCAGGAAUCUAUAGAUAUGAUUUGUAGACUCUGCUGCCGUGAGGUGCCACCAUUUCACGUGAGUAAUGAAUGAUCUUCUGCAACCAUUGACUAGAGUGACAGAAUGGUUGCCCCUUCCUGAAAGGGCUUUUUCUUCUGGCAGAUAAGAUUCAAGCAGGCAACGCUAGGGGCCCUGCCAGGCACUGUUUGGGGAGAGCAGAACAGACUUGGAGUGGGAGGGGUUGGUCCUUCUGAAGGAAGAGGAGGUAGGUUUUGAAGGGUGAAACCUAGUUGCUCAGUGGAGAGAGCUGCACUUCCCUCUUGCGCCAGCAGGUGGCGAUGCUUUCCGGCCUGACGGAGCCAGCCAGGCCUCUAGCCGGCAGAGCUAUGGGAAUGGGGCGGGUGGAGGGGCCUGGCUGAGAGGAGGCCCUGGGAAGCAGGGGUUCAGGCAUGAGUAGGAGACUCAGCUGGGAGUCUGUAGUUUCAGAUUGUCCUUAUUCUGACCGCUCUUGCCUUGUGUCCUUGCACACAUCACGAUGUCUGGGGAUGCUGAGCCAGCUGGUCUCAGGCUCAGCAAAGGUGGCACCUCCUCCAAGAAGCUUCCCGAUUCUCUAGGCUGAGCUACAUGUCUCUUCUGGGCUCCCCUGAUCCAACAGUGUGUCCUCUCCCCAAACAAACCACUGCCCCCAGGAACCUGGGUUCAAUGAAAGGCAGUGGUAGAUUUAAACACUUUUUAAACAAGUUACAAGUUAUAUGUGAGUAUAUUCACCUUUAAGUCACUGAGAUAUGAAAAUGCUGAGUAAUUAAAUAUUUAAAAAUUUAAAUAUUAGAGGGAAUCUGAAGUCCACCAUGAGGCCUAGUGUUGGUUGUCCCUUUGCCUCCCUUGUUGGGACGAUUGCCUUCAUUGAUUUGGCAUGUACCCUUCCAGAACCUUUCCUAACUUUGUAGUAGUGCUAGUGUGUGCGAGUAAAGAACGCUUUUCUUUUAUA